GAAACACCCUCUUGUCUUGUUUCUUGUAAUAACCAAAAUCCAUCUCCGUUCUUACAUCAAGAACAAAAAUUACUGACAGAAAUCUGCAUGUUUUAUACGUAUGAUAGCUUACUCGGUGCAAAUUUGAGCCCAGAUGGGAACUAGAGAGAAGCAAAAAAAUGGUGGAAUCGAUUGUUAAUGUUUUGUGUUCGUAUUAGCAUGAGCGGUUUUUUUGAUCUAGAAAUGGAGAAUUAUCAGGGUGAUUUAAACGACAUAGUUCCAGCUUCUGCUGUUCAACAAUCAGACAUGGUUCCAUGGCACCAACAAGUCAUCUCCGAUCUUCUGAGUUUUUCGCCGUCGGCUGCAGCCAUGGAAGAUCAUAGAGUAAACGCCUUCGGCGACCCUUUCUCCACCAUGAGAGAUCCGCUUCUUCUUCACGAGCUUAACGGUUCGAGUGCUGGCUACUUUUGCAGCCCUAAUUCAACCAAAGAUCAUCGUAUGCUCAAUAUCGAGGAUUCAUCAAGCUUCUUUGCUGGUGGUCUUGACGAUAUGAUUAGUCCUUGUAAUAUCUUUUCACGGAUUCAGAUCUCUCAUGGCCAUAGCUCCAGUCCACGACCCGUGCCGCCGCCGCCGCUGCCGUGUGAUCCACCGGUGAUAGCUUCUUUCAGUGUUUCCCCGAGGGGACAUAUGGCGCCUGCUGUGCUUCCAAGCGACAUGCUUAGUGUAAACACCUCAAAAAGUUGCUUGAUUGAUAACACCACUGCAUCAGUCCCAGUGCAGAUCUCAUCUCCGCGGAAUCUGGGUAUCAAAAGAAGGUUAGAAAAGAGCCAGGCCAAGAAGGUGGUUUGCAUACCAGCACCAGCAGCUGCAAACAGCAGGUCUAGUGGAGAAGUAGUUCCCUCUGAUCUGUGGGCAUGGAGAAAAUACGGCCAGAAACCUAUCAAAGGUUCGCCUUAUCCAAGGGGCUACUAUAGAUGUAGCAGUUCCAAAGGCUGCUCGGCGAGGAAACAAGUGGAGCGAAGCCGAACAGAUCCGAACAUGCUCGUUAUCACGUACACAUCUGAGCACAACCAUCCAUGGCCAACCCAAAGAAACGCCCUUGCCGGUUCAACAAGGUCUCAGCCAUCAAAAGCCAAUGCUAGUAGCAGUACUGGUUCCAAGAUAGGGUCACCGAGUAAUUCUCAGCCCCAAAAGACAAUCAAAGAGACCAACAACAACAACAAUGACAGUACAAACACAUCAGUUAAAGAAGAACUGGAGAUUGAAGACAUUGAGAAACACAUAGAAGACAACCAAACAUACAUACCAGCAUUGCCGGAAUCACAGCAGCAAACUGAUCAGGAUUUCUUUGCAGAUUUGGACGAACUGGAACUCGAGACAGACCCUUUGAACCUAUUGUUCAAAGAUGAUCAACGGCAAAACGAGAACAAACCCAUUGAUCCUUUUGCUCUAUUUGAUUACAACAACAGUUCUCCGUUCUGAGUGAAGCCAAAAAGAGAAGGUUUUGAAAGUUGCAUUCGGUGGUGGGGAAGAUUUAUCUAUGGUAUGUUGUUAUUUACCAGAAUUUACAGUGUCAGAAAGAUUAAAGGGGGGGGGGGGUUUGCUAUUGUUGCUGCUGAACUGGGAGCAAACUCAGUGAGUCCCUGCAUAAUUUUUAUUUUUCGUUUUGGGAAUAUUGGUGUGGAUGAUGGGACACAAAGCCUGAGGAACAGAAGAUUUCAACAGUGGAAACAAGUACGUCCCAUAAGACGUGACUCGAUGAUAACUCAGUGAGAGAAGGGGGAUGGGACUUGCCCUUGCCGGCCUUUCUUUUACCGUUUUCCUUUUUCGUUGUCAAGUGGAACAAAUUAUUUAACCCCUCACCUUUCUCUUGUCCUCCACAUGGGUGAUCACU